AUACACAAAAGGAAAGAAUAAAACACAAAAUAUGAGGAGAAAAAACUCUGUAAUCGGUAGAAAAAAUAAGUAUAGAGGGGGAGUGAAUAUAAGUGGCAACUGGCAAGUUUAUUGGAGGUGAAGAAGGGAGAGAUGCAUAUGGUAUUAAAAAAUGAUGAUUCCAUAUUUGGUACAAAGAGAUCAAGAUGUUGAAAUGAAAAUCUUUAGUUAUACAUACGAAUGAAGUGUUGAUCUCGUUCAUAAUUGACAAGAUUUCAUGUGUGCUUUCCUUUCUUGAUGAGAACCUCAUGACCAUUUUUCUGCUCUCUGUGUGGUUGGGGUCAAGACUGCUUGUAUUAGCAGACAAGCUGCAUGAACAGUGGAAGAAGUCAUUUUUAUGGCUUGGGCCAAUACCAGCUGUCUACAUUAGCCAUCCAGAUCUUAUAAAAGAUGUCUGUAAUAAGUUUUACGAUUUCCAGAAGCCAAAGGGAGGUAAUCCUCUGACUAAACUUCUUGUUGGUGGACUUAUAGAAGCCGAGGGAGAUAGAUGGGCCAAACACCGCAAAAUCAUCAAUCCUGCCUUCCAUAUUGAGAAGUUAAAGAAUCUGUUGCCAGCAUUUUACUUGAGUUGUAUUGAGAUCAUGCACAUAUGGGAGAAAAUGGUUUCUGCAGAGGGUCAAUGUGAGCUAGAUGUAUGGCCUUAUUUACAAACUUUAACAGGGGAUGCCAUUUCGCGGACUGUUUUUGGUAGUGAUUAUGAAAAAGGAAGGAAGAUUUUUCAACUCCGAAAAGAAUUAGCUCAAGUGUAUAUUCAAGCUGCACAAUCAGUGUACCUCCCUGGAAUGAGAUAUUUGCCAACUAAAAGAAACAAAAGGAUGAAGAAGAUCGCUGGGGAAUUGAAGAGCAUAGUAAGAAGUAUAAUUGACAAGCGUCUAAAGGAAAUGGAAAUGGGAGAAUAUGUCCAUAAUGACUUGUUGAGUAUAUUAUUGCAGUCAAAUUCCGAAGAAAUUAAAGUAAAUAGAAACAAGAAUUCUGGAAUGAGUGUCGAUGAGGUUAUUGAAGAGUGUAAGCUCUUCUAUUUUGCUGGACAGGAGACAACCUCAGAUCUACUAGUUUGGACAAUGAUUUUAUUGAGUCAGCAUUCGGGUUGGCAAGAGCGAGCUAGGGAAGAAGUUUUCCAGGUCUUUGGAAAUAGUAAACCACAUGCUGAUGGCUUAAAUCACCUCAAAGUUGUGAAUAUGAUUUUGCUGGAGACUCUGAGAUUAUACACGCCUGGAGUUGUACUUAAUCGCGCUAUACUUGAAGACGUUAAAUUGGGAGACAUGUCCCUCCCAUCUGGAAUCGUGCUAAUCAUUCCGAUCAUCCAAUUGCAUCACGACAAAGAAAUUUGGGGGGACGAUGUGAAGGAAUUUAAGCCAGAGAGAUUUGCUGAAGGAGUGCUGAAGGCAACAAAGGGAAAAGCUGCAUAUCUUCCUUUCAGCACGGGACCGAGAAUUUGCAUAGGACAGAAUUUUGCAAUGUUGGAAGCUAAAAUGGCGAUAUCAAUGAUUCUGCAACGCUUUUCUUUUGAGCUUUCACCAUCUUACACACAUGCUCCACAGACCAUCAUAACUCUUCAGCCUCAGUAUGGUGCAAACUUGAUUCUAAAGGCACUCUAGGAAGUUGUCAUGUAAUGCUAAUGAGGAGUAUUUUACUAUUUUGACGUUUAUUUUGCUAUUCUGAUGUUAUUGGAGUACAUUCCUCCUUUGAAUUACUAAUUCACAAUUAUGCCGUAUCCAAAUGUGGAUUAUGCCAACCCGCCCCGCCAACCCGUCAAGGCUCGUCAUACCGUUAUGAGUUACCGUUUCUCAAUCCUACAUGGCACGGUCCGUCUACUUAGUAA